ACCAGCCCGUUUGGGGAAGUGCUGACUGGGGUUUGGAUCUUUCAUCAGAAACAGGAAGUUCUGGUGACUCACUGAGACAGAGGUCCAUUAUGAAAUCCAGAACCAGGACUUUAAAGUGAUGAGUAGACACUUUACUCAGCGUUUAAGAGUCAGACAACAACCUGCUUGUACAGACGGAACCAAGGAGCGGGUCAGAAUUCCUCCUGCAGGACCAGAACAUCUGCUUGGUUCCGUUGGCCCACAGCCCCCCCACCACGAUGUCCGACUCCCUACAUGACCAGGACCUGGAAGGAUGUGCCCUCUGGAUCAAAGAGGACCCGUCUCACCUGGUCUCACGUUGGUCCUUCUUCAGACGCUGGCUGCCUGCUGUUCUGAUGGCUGCAGCCGUCCUGGUCCUCAUCGUGGUUAUGGCAGUCACUAGUGCAAAGGCAUCAAACCGUCUGUGGUCUUCGGAGCAGAAGGUGUCCGACCUGGGAGACCUGGUUAAUUCUCUGAAGGCAUCUCUCCAGCAGACCGAAG